CACACAAGCUUUUAAUUAAGAAACAUGAAAGAUUUUCCUGUUUUUGGUGGCGUCUGGGCUCUCUUCUUUCUUCUUAGUUCUUGUUCCUUGGCUGCUUCAUAUGAUGGACCUUUAUAUGAUUUCACUGCUUACAGUGAGUGUAAAGCACAGCCGGAGGAGCCGCUAUACCAAGGAGGGAUUCUCAAAGAUGAGCCUCCAAUUAUGCGACCGAGCAUUAUCGGAGAAACUGCAACCGGUUUCUACACUCCAGCGUUUGUGUUGCAGAAUCUCACCAUGGGCAACGUUUACUGUUUCUCCACUUGGAUCAAAAUACAAGGUUCAAAUUCAGCUCUGAUCAGGGCAAGCUUGAAGACAGAAAACAUAACAUAUGACUGCAUAGGGACUGUUUUGGCUAAGGAAGGAUGUUGGUCUUUUCUCAAAGGCGGAUUCGAUCUCGAUUCGCCUUCGAAUUUGUCUUUAUUACUAUUCCAGAAUUCAGAUGGUAAAGACAUUGAUAUAACAGUUACUAGCUCCUCGUUGCAGCCAUUUACCGACGAGGAAUGGAGGAUCAACCAGCAAUACAUUAUAAACACUCAAAGGAAGCGUGCGGUAACGAUACAUGUCUCGGACCAGCAAGGAAAUAGGUUGCAAGGAGCAGCAUUAACUAUAGUGCAGGUCUCGAAGGAUUUUCCAUUUGGUUCUGCAAUUGCACACACCAUUCUUGGAAAUUUGCCCUAUCAGAAAUGGUUUGUUGAACGAUUUAACGCAGCAGUGUUCGAAAAUGAACUGAAAUGGUAUGCAACAGAACCUGAUCAAGGAAGAACCAACUACACCACAGCCGACCACAUGUUGGAGUUUGUUAGAGCUCACCAAAUAAUAACCAGGGGCCACAACAUAUUCUGGGAAGACCCCAAAUACACGCCGGCAUGGGUUCGGAACCUUACUGGUCCCGAGCUACAAUCCGCGGUUAACUCCAGGAUACAAGGCCUAAUGAGCAAAUACAAGGAGGAAUUCAUACACUGGGAUGUCAGCAACGAGAUGCUCCACUGGAACUUUUACGAGCAACGACUCGGACCUGAUGCAACCCUGCAUUUCUACGAGACCGCACAUCAAGCUGACCCUUUAGCAACCCUAUUCAUGAAUGAAUUCAAUGUAGUGGAAACCUGCAGCGACGUUAAAUCGACGGUCGACACUUUCAUCGAAAGGAUAAGAGAUCUCGAACGUGGUGGCAUGUACAUGGAUGGAAUCGGAUUGGAGAGUCAUUUCACCAAACCGAACCCUCCUCUAAUGCGAGCCGUGCUCGACAAACUGGCUACAUUAAGACUGCCCAUAUGGCUAACAGAGGUAGACAUCAGCAGCAGAGUUGGAAAAGAGUUGCAGGGCGUUUACCUGGAACAGGUAUUGAGAGAAGGGUUCUCACAUCCAUAUGUGAAUGGGAUAAUGCUUUGGACAGCUCUACAUCCUAAAGGGUGUUACGAAAUGUGCUUAACUGACGAAAAUUUCAAGAAUUUACCGGCUGGUGAUGUGGUUGAUAAUCUAUUGAAAGAAUGGGAAACUGGGGAGAUUAAAGGGGUGACAGAUGAGUUUGGUUCAUAUAGCUUUUAUGGAUUCCUGGGUGAAUAUAAGGUGAAUGCUGGUUAUGGAAACAGGACGGUGGAAUCUACUUUCUCACUCAGCCGUAGUGAUGAAACUAAGCACUUUAGCAUUCAUUUGUAAUCUGGGAUCAUGAUCAACUUAGUCCAGCUUUACUCCUACUUAAAGGCCCCUUUUCAUUUUUCGAGUACUCAACUAACGUUUGAAUAUAAUUUACAACCCCCAUAAUAUGACUAAACAGGCAAAAAGCCGAGCUAG